CGGAGGCCGGGUAGGGCUGGGCGGGCACUGUCAGGCCUCCUUCGCCCUCCCCUCCUUCCUGUCCAGGCGCCACCCAACUCCUCAGCGGGAGAACCGGAGACGUGGGGCCUCCCACUGCCCUCCCGCGGGAGGGCUGGAGGAGGUGCCCCAGCGCGGGCCUUACAGCGGCGGGGGCUGCUACGGGUCUGGUGAGGCCGAAGACACGCAGGAAGGAAGGUCUUUCCUUCGGGUCUCUCGCUAGAGUGUUGAUGCAUCCCAAGAGGGCCACAUUCUUGGGUGUCGGUGUGAUGAUUUAAGGACCACGGUACAGCUAUGGAUAACGAACCAAACCCUGGAACAUCUUCUGUGUCAACAACAACCAGUAGCACCACCACCACCACCAUUACCACUUCCUCCUCUCGAAUGCAGCAACCACAGAUCUCUGUCUACAGUGGUUCAGACCGACAUGCUGUACAGGUAAUUCAACAGGCAUUGCAUCGGCCCCCCAGCUCAACUGCUCAGUACCUUCAGCAAAUGUAUGCCGCUCAACAGCAGCACUUAAUGUUACAUACUGCAGCUCUUCAGCAGCAGCAUUUAAGCAGCUCCCAGCUUCAGAGCCUUGCUGCUGUGCAGGCAAGUUUGUCGAGUGGAAGACCAUCUACAUCCCCCACAGGAAGUGUCACACAACAGUCAAGUAUGUCCCAGACAUCUAUCAACCUCUCCACCUCUCCUACACCUGCACAGUUAAUAAGCCGUUCCCAAGCUUCCAGUUCUACCAGCGGCAGUAUUACCCAACAGACUAUGUUACUAGGGAGUACCUCCCCUACCCUAACGGCAAGCCAAGCUCAAAUGUAUCUCCGAGCUCAAAUGCUGAUUUUCACACCCGCUACCACUGUGGCUGCUGUACAGUCUGACAUUCCUGUUGUCUCGUCGUCAUCGUCAUCUUCCUGUCAGUCUGCAGCUACUCAGGUUCAGAAUUUAACAUUACGCAGCCAGAAGUUGGGUAUAUUAUCUAGCUCACAGAAUGGUCCACCAAAAAGCACUAGUCAAACUCAGUCGUUGACAAUUUGUCAUAACAAAACAACAGUGACCAGUUCUAAAAUCAGCCAACGAGAUCCUUCUCCAGAAAGUAAUAAGAAAGGAGAAAGUCCAAGUCUGGAAUCACGAAGCACAGCUGUCACCCGGACAUCAAGUAUUCACCAGUUAAUAGCACCAGCUUCAUAUUCUCCAAUUCAGCCUCAUUCUCUAAUAAAACAUCAGCAGAUUCCUCUUCAUUCACCACCUUCCAAAGUUUCCCAUCAUCAACUGAUUUUACAACAGCAGCAACAGCAAAUUCAGCCAAUCACACUUCAGAAUUCAACUCAAGAUCCACCCCCAUCCCAGCACUGUAUACCACUCCAAAACCAUGGCCUUCCUCCAGCUCCCAGUAAUGCUCAGUCGCAGCAUUGUUCACCAAUUCAGAGUCAUCCCCCUCCUUUAACAGUGUCCCCUAAUCAGUCACAGUCUGCACAGCAGUCUGUAGUGGUGUCUCCACCACCACCUCAUUCACCAAGUCAGUCUCCUACUAUAAUUAUUCAUCCACAAGCACUUAUUCAACCACACUCUCUUGUGUCAUCAGCUCUCCAGCCAGGGCCAAAUUUGCAGCCAUCCACUGCUAAUCAGGUGCAGCCUACAGCACAGCUGAAUCUUCCUUCCCAUCUUCCACUUCCAGCUUCCCCUGUUGUACAUAUUGGCCCGGUUCAGCAGUCAGCCUUAGUGUCCCCAAGUCAGCAGAUUGUGUCUCCAACAUCACACCAGCAAUAUUCAACCCUGCAAUCCUCUCCAAUUCCGAUUGCAACCCCUCCACAGAUUUCGGCAUCUCCUCCAGCUCAGAUUCCACCACUGCCCUUGCAGUCUAUGCAAUCUUUACAAGUGCAGCCUGAAAUUCUAUCCCCGGGCCAGGUUUUGGUGCAGAAUGCUUUGGUGUCAGAAGAGGAGCUUCCAGCUGCAGAAGCUUUAGUCCAGUUGCCUUUUCAGACUCUUCCUCCUCCACAGACUGUUGCGGUAAACCUGCAAGUACAACCACCAGCACCUGUUGAUCCACCAGUGGGAAUGCAUUUGAACCAGUGUCAUCUGCACAAAGUUUUUUCUCUUAAGGUUUAUCAAGUAGAAGAUGUGUGUGAAGAAGAAAUGCCAGAAGAGUCAGAUGAAUGUGUCCGGAUGGAUAGAACCCCACCACCACCCACUUUAUCUCCAGCAGCUAUAACUGUGGGGAGAGAAGAUUUGACUUCUGAACAUCCUUUGUUAGAGCAAGUGGAAUUACCUGCUGUGGCAUCAGUCAGUGCUUCAGUAAUUAAAUCUCCAUCAGAUCCCUCACAUGUUUCUAUUCCUCCACCUCCACUCUUAAUCCCAGCUGCUACCACAAGGAGUAAUAGUAUGUCUAUGCAUGGUAGCACUCUCAACAUAGAAAACAAACCUCCACAGGCUAUUGUUAAACCACAGAUCUUGACGCAUGUUAUUGAGGGCUUUGUGAUUCAGGAGGGAUUGGAGCCAUUUCCUGUGAGUCGUUCAUCUUUGCUAAUAGAACAGCCUGUUAAAAAAAGGCCUCUUUUGGAUAAUCAGGUGAUAAAUUCAGUGUGUGUUCAGCCAGAGCUACAGAAUAAUACAAAGCAUGCUGAUAACUCAUCUGACACAGAGAUGGAAGAUAUGAUUGCUGAAGAGACAUUAGAAGAAAUGGACAGUGAGUUGCUCAAGUGUGAAUUCUGUGGGAAAAUGGGAUAUGCUAAUGAAUUUUUGCGGUCAAAACGAUUCUGCACUAUGUCAUGUGCCAAAAGGUACAAUGUUAGCUGUUCUAAAAAAUUUGCACUUAGUCGUUGGAAUCGUAAGCCUGAUAAUCAAAGUCUUGGUCAUCGUGGCCGCCGUCCAAGUGGCCCUGAUGGGGCAGCAAGAGAACAUAUCCUUAGGCAGCUUCCAAUUACUUAUCCAUCUGCAGAAGAAGACUUGGCUUCUCAUGAAGAUUCUGUGCCAUCUGCUAUGACAACUCGUCUGCGCAGGCAGAGUGAACGGGAAAGAGAACGUGAGCUUCGGGAUGUGAGAAUUCGGAAAAUGCCAGAGAACAAUGACUUGCUACCAGUUGCACAAACAGAGCCAUCUAUAUGGACAGUCGAUGAUGUUUGGGCCUUUAUCCAUUCUUUGCCUGGCUGCCAGGAUAUCGCAGAUGAGUUCAGAGCACAAGAGAUUGAUGGACAGGCCCUCCUCUUGUUAAAAGAAGACCAUCUCAUGAGUGCAAUGAAUAUCAAGUUAGGCCCCGCCCUAAAGAUCUGUGCACGCAUCAACUCUCUGAAGGAAUCGUAACAAAAACAUGAAGCUGUGAUGUAACAGCAAUUUUACUCCUCUCAAGCUGACUUGUAAGGUAAAGGCCUAAGUUGGCCUAGAAUAUUACACUUAUUAUGGUGGAUAGCCAAGCACAUUGGGAUCUCUGCAUCAAAUGCUGACAUUUCUUCUACAGAUAUAAUAAUUCAUCAUACAUUUCAUAAUUAACCAACGUCAAUGAAAUUAAUUUUCCAGGUUACAUGCAACAUUGAAAGACUUGCUAUAGAGGGCCAUGAUAUUUUUCAAAGAAAUGUGUUAUACUAGAUAAUUUUUUUAAGGGUGAUGUUUAUCAUUAAUAUAAAGAAUCCUUUUAAAUGUAAUUUAAUGAUUUACAUUUCUUCUCUUUGAUUUGGUGUUCUUAUACAUUUUUCUACCCUACUAGUUUUUUAAAGGUUGUUAUAAGAGAUAUGUUAUGGAAUAAUUUAGGAGUCCAGUGACAGAAUUGUAUGCAAUGAAAUCAAGUGUGCAUUUAAAAAAAAACAUAUCUUACAGACAAAUGCUUUGUCCAUAAAAAAGAGAUUGUGUUUUACCACAAACAAUACUGAUCUGGAAGUCAGAAGAGUUGGUUUCUGUUCCCAACUUGACCAAGAGUUUGGGUUAACUGAGAAAGUUAAUUUUCCUCUUAGUUUUUGUACAUUUAGAGCAGUGGUUCUCAAUGGAGGUCAGUUCUGCUCCCCAGGGCACAUCUGGCAAUGUCUAUAAACAUUUUGGGUGUCCCAGCUCGGGGUUCAGUUCAGGGGAGGGUUGUUACUGGUGUCCAGUAGAUGGAGGCCAGAGAUGUUGCUAAAUAUCCUACAGUACACAGGAUAGCCCUCCACAACAAAGAAUUUUCUGAUCCAAAAUGUCAGUAGUGCCAAGGUUGAGAAACCUUAAUGUAGAAGAAGUGAUAAAUGCUGUUCUUUUUCACCCAAAGGGAUAUAGUUAAAAGGUGAGGCAUAAUAAGGAAUAAAUAGACAAUUGAAGUACUAUUCAGAGAGCAUUAAUAUUCUGAAUUUUUUCCAGUUUUACAUAUACUAGAAAAAGGGGAAAAACCCCAUAAAAUUGGCCCAUCAAAUAAGGACUAACACUUAUUUGCCUAACAAAUAAAUUGACUCUCAGAACAUACUGAUUCAUAUUAAUUAUCUUUCAUAUGUCUGUGCUCCUCUGCACUGAUGAAGGCAUAAUAUGAUUAUACCUAUGAACCAGUGCACAACCUUUUUUGGUACAGAAAUAGUUUGUAGCGGUAUGUGGUUGCUCUUUGGAUUUGUUUUCUAAUGUUGAACAUGCUGGGUCUAGCUAGAAUGCACAUUCUGUUUUCCUUUAAUAAACCCUUGCAUGCUUCCUCAAAGUACUUACCAAGUGAUUUCUCUUAGAUGGUCAGAUCUAAUUUUUUAUGUACAUGUUUUAGAGAAAAAAAUUUUAUUAGAGCAAAACCUUUCACUGAACAGUGUUUCAUAGAAUUAUGACACUAAAAUAAAAUUGUGGGAGCCCUGAGAGCAUUAUAGUCCUGGACAUCAAAAAUUUUAUUUGAAAAGAUUAUGAAGGUUUUGUUUUAAUCUUUUCUUAUAUCUUUACCAUAUUAUUGAGAUAUUUUAAUAAUUAAAGGAACAUACAUGGAUAUUUGGCAGAAGUUCAUUUAAGUGGGGAAAAAAGAGUCCAUGAGUUUCAGUCAUUUUCACUGCUCUUUUCAAAAAGAUUAUGUUGAGCUAGUAGAAGACUAAAGAUGUCCCUGAAGACAUCACAGAUAUUAUAUUUAUCUUUUGGCUUUGUGUACAUUAGAGAAUGUUGAUUAUUUUUAUACAAAAAUACAGCGGGUAAUUUUUUUAAUCUUUAGAUGCCUCUUGUUUGAAUGUAUGCUUUGUGGGAUUCUUUGUGUAGUAAUGUUUCAAAAAAAGAUGUUUACUGAUAGUUAUGUGUAGGAUUAGAGUAUGUAAUAUAAGGCUCAUGUUCCAGACCUACAAUAGCUUGUAGUCUAUGUUACAUAUCACAUUUUUAAUUAUUGGAUUAAAGUUCCAAGGAAAGCUA